GUUUGAGAGAACAUGUCCGCUGUAUUCCACAUACUAGUCUCGUUUGACUUUAAUAGAAGUAGAGACCGUACGGAUGAGAUACGUUUGUGCGACGACUGUAUGUUUGUAUUUUAAUUUACAAAAUGUAUUAAUAUCGACAUCGCGCGCCAGUUUUAUCGUGAAUAUUAGUGAUUUAAAUUGCACACCACAGUAAAUGUCAUAUCAGUCGACGAUAAGAAAUUAUAACUAAAAUUUUGGCAGACAUCAAAACUACUAAUGGCAGAGGAAGAAAGGAUAUUAUCUCUUUCAGAAAAAAAUGGCACAGAUGCUCCUCAAUCAAAAGAUACUUAUAUUCCGGAAGAACCAACUCCAGAUAUCUCUAUUUCCUUGUUGGACAUACAAAUGCCAGAAACUCCAGAUAGUACCAAAGGUCAAACAAGCGAUGGUGAUACAUCUAGAUUGGAGAGUCCAAAGACAGUGAAACCAGUACUUGGAAAAGUCCAAGCAAAGAAACGAUUAAUGGCAUUUGCUAAUCAAUUCAAAGCAUUGCCUAAAUCCCAGAUUAAGUCAAACAUGUCUCAGCAUUCUACUGGACCUUUAAAGACAAAAGAUAAAACUGUUCAAGAUGAUAAAUCAAGAAAAAAGACAGAGGAAAAAAUUCUGGCUAUUGAAGAAAUUCGAAGAGAGGAAUCUAAAAGUAAAAUGUUACUCGCAGAAGCUAUGGCUGCAGCAAGUAUGGAAGACGAAAAUCAUACUGGCAAAAAUAUAUCUAGUUUACUCGAAAGUAAAAAACAUACAAAAGAAAGAAGAAAACAUGAAGAAAUAAACAAUGAUCGCAAAAGUAGAUCAGUGGAUCGAAAAUAUUCAGAAAGGUCUCGACAUUAUGACAAAAUUAAUAAAGAUAGUUCGAAUCAGGAUGUGAAAAAUCGAAAUGAAAGUAUAGAACGUUUUACACAAAAAUCAUCUCAGAACAGAGGAAAGCAUAAGAAAGAUAAGAAAAAGAAAAACGACAAAGAUAAACGAAGUAAUAGCAAAACAGAUACAAAUCGUGAUAAGAAAGAAGGAAAGGAUAAAAAAGAAACUGUAAAAGAAAAAGAAGAAGAGACAAAAGAAAAAACUGAAGCAAUAAAGAAUAAGAAAGAAAGUAUAAAAGAAAGACAAAAUGAUAUGUCAGAAAUGGAAGUAGAAAGCAAAGAUAAAAAAGAAAAAGACAAAUGGAAAGAAAAAAUAUUAUUGAAAAGUAACUCGUGGGCGGAACUACGAAAAUCUGGUUCAACUUUCGAUGAUAUCAUUCAUCUUAGAAGACGUAAUAAUUCAGAACGAUCUAUAAAAAUCAGAACAACGCAAGAUUAUGCACGUUAUUUUGAACAAAUGUUAAUGUUAAAUAAUCAUCGUCUAAAACGUCAGUCAUUGAUAGCUGAGGGACUUAAUGGACCCAAAAUGUAUCCACCUGAAUCGAUUAAGCUGACGAAACGAGCAAGGGGACUUCAAUUAUUGUAUUGUGAAAAUCCGCGCGUUUCUCUUUUGUUAAAUAUUUCGCAACUUCUACAGGUCGUCCCUCCUGAACGUUGUGAGAAGAUACAAGACAUUUGUGAAGCGUCUUUACCACGGAUUGAUACUGAAGACACAGUGCUGCAGAAGCAGCGUAAUUGGUAUCAACAAAUAAAUACAAUUGACUACCAUAAAGAUACCAACUGGCAGAUGACUAUACAACUUCCUAAGUCAAAAUGGGAUAGUGAAGAUGAGGAAAUAUCGUCUAUCAAUGUAGCAAAAAAAGAAAUCAAAGAACCAGUAAACAAACUGCAUGUUUCCGUAAACCAACAAGAGAGAUGUUCCACAACGUCUAGUAUAACGGAUGAAGACAAAAUUGAUAACAGUGUUGAAGGCAUUAAACAAGAUAGUAAAUCUAGUGAAAAGAUCAUCGAAAACAUACCGAUUAAUGAAUCUUCUUCGUCUUCUUUGCUACAGCCUGCUGGAAAUGAAAAACUAGCUUCAGAAUAUGAACAAUUUAUGAAGAUGGUAUGCACUGCAACUGAUGUGACUAAAAAAUAUUCUCCCAAAAAAAACCCUGUUAAAUCUACUUCUCCGCAUAGUUAUCAUGAAUUCGAUAUAGAAUCUAAUUUAGCUGAAGAUAACAAUAUGGAAAUACCAUUGACGGAGAAAUUUGAAAAAAAGAGUAAUCUGGAAACUCUAGAAGAAUCGAUGAAGAGUACAGAAUGUGAGGAGUCUACUAUGUCAACAGAUUGUCAAAUACAAGUUAAUAAUAUACAAAUUGAACAUACGAACGAAAAUGAUGAAUCUCAGGAUUCCAAAUCAAUUCCAAGUGAUUGGGAGAACGUUAGAAUAAAAGUUGAACGAUUGAGUGAUGAGAAUACUGAAUCUAGAGAAGUAAAAAAGAAGAAAAAAAAGAAAAUGACAUCCAGUAGUGAUUCAUCUAGUAGUAUCACCUCUUCAGAUUCAGAAAAGCAAAAGAAAAAAAGGAAACGCAAACGGAAAAUACUAAGUAAUUCAUCUUCUUCCGAUUCUGAUAGUACGGAUAGUACUAGCAGUAGCGACUCUAGUAGUUCGGAAGAAAGAAGAAAAAGAAAGCGGAAGAAGAAGAAAAUUGGGAAAAAAAGAAAAAAGGUGAAACGCAUUGCACGAAUAAAAAAAAAGCGAAGGAGAAAGAUGAGCACGGAUUCCAAUAGUAGUGAUUUAGAUGAAUAUACAAAAAAGAAAAAAAGGAAGAAGAAAACGAUGGAAACCAAAUCUAUUAAUAAUGGAGAUAUAAGAAAGAUAAUAUCGAAGUCUCCUGUAAUAGCUUCAUCAGAUGGAACAAAGAUAUUGCACUCAGUGACUCCAACAAGGAAGAUUAAAGAAGAAGCAAUAGAUGAAGACAAAAAGAGAAUUGAUCAAGUUAUAUCAACGAAAAAAAAUAUUGUUGAUAUAAGUGUACAUGACAAUGAAUGUUUGAAUCAGAGAAAGGAAAGAAAAGAAAGUAAGUCUGACGAAAGUUUCAUGGAACAAUGGGAAAUGGAUUCUGUGACAAAGCAACAAAAUGAUGGUGAAACCUCAAGUCAAGAUCGCAGUGAAGAAUUGGAAAAAAUGGAUGGCUUAGAGAAAAAUAAAUAUCGAAGAAAAAGGAAGCAUAGUCGAGACAAUAUUGAGCAAGACAAAGAUAGAUUAUCUAAAGACAAUGAAGAAAGGAUUCAUGAAGGAAAAGUAAAAUUAGAUGAGGAAAUUGAAGCAAAGAGAAAGAAAAGAAAAGAAAAAGAUAUUAAAAGUAGUGGUGAGUUUCUUGCAAACUGGGAACGGGAAAGUGAGCGUAUUACUCAACGGAUACAAAAUGAAACUAAAUAUUUGAAAAAAUUAGAAAAGCAGAAAAAGGAGAAAUGGGGAGAAACAGAUUUUGAUACAUUAAAUGUGCCAUCUUUGACACAACUUGAAAAAGAAGUACAUCAAAAACAACUUCUGGCAGAUGAGUGGGAAGUGGAUAGUUUAGAAGCAAUAUCAGAUCUAAUUAUGAGUAAACGAAAAAAUAGCCAGGGUUCGUUAAAAAAAACAGAGAAAGAAGUUAAGUAUGAUAAAAAAACAGAUACCUACAUUGCAGUAGAAAAGGAAAGUGUAAGAGAAAUGAAAAAGAAGCAAGAACGUCUAUAUGCAAUAAGAAUAUGGGAGGAGGAGCAAGAAGAAGGUGAAAGAGAAGAAAUGAUGCUCCUGGAACAAAAGAGUAAAACAAAUGAUUGGGAUAUAGAAGAAAAACCUCUAUUUCAUGAGACUACCGAAAAAAUAGAAGUUUGUAAAGUUAACGAUAUUGUCGCGAUACAAAAAGAGUGGGUUAAAACAAAUGAAAAUAAAGAUAUCAAAGAAGACGCGAAUAAGUUAACUGUGAAGUCAGAUAAACGAAUUAAAAAAAGCCGUUGGGACAUAGGCUCUCAGUCUGAAGAAAAAUUGGAAGCUAAAGAUAUAUGGGAGGAAGAAUAUGUCGAAUGGGCCAAGAUUGACAAGUGUGAAGGACAAGAAUUUGAAAGAACAAAGAAAGGAGAACUUUGUCCUGUGGAUUAUUCGGAAAGCUCUAGUAAAUCGGAUCUGAUAGAUUUCUAUCAUAGAAAAUCACAAAGUAGAGAAUCGUUGGAAAGAUCAUGGGCGUCAGAUGAAGUUGCGGUCAGACCUAUACAAGCAAAGAAUGAUGCGUCAAUAAAACAAUCAAUUCUUGCGAAAACAAAUGAAGAACAGCUUACAUCUAUCAAGGAGCACCAAACUAAAGAUCAAUUUAAGGAAAUUUCAGAAACCGAUGUAAAAUUUAAAGAGAAUACCUAUUCAGUAAAACUAUAUAGUCCCAGUUCCCCAGCACUUUCUCAAAAGUCUCAGGAUGUAGAAUUGUCUAAUGAGAGCAGUUCUUGUAAUUCUCUGCUUCGUGAAAAAAGAAAGAAGGAGAUGUUAAUUACAGCAGAUGAAUUAUCAAUUCCCAUGUCUGGAAUACCUUUACAAUUAAUAAAACGUGAUAAACAUACGUCAAGUGAAAAAGCAGAAAGUAUUUUGAACAAAAUACAAUUGGAGGAUAGAGAUGCUGCUCAUAACUUUGACAUUAAAGCCACUGAUAAUUUAUUUGACGACAUUUCAAUCAAUGAACCGUGCUCAAAAAUACAUACCUCUAGACAUAUAGAUAUUUUUGCAGAGUAUGGAGCAGAGAAGUCAUGUGAUAAACAGCAUGCUGCAAAUUCCAGUGCGAACUCAGCAACGAAAGAUGAUGAAAUGAAUGAAGGAAAGAACGCACUUAAACUUAUCCCUAAACAGCUCUUGAUUCGUCGGACUAACGAACAGGUAAAAUCGAAACGUAUUUUGGAAACACCAUUACAGGAUCCUGCUCAACAUGCAGCAGCCCUAUUGACAAUACAAAAAAAGUUAUUAGAGUCACAUGCAUUGAAGAAUGAUAUCAAAGAAUAUCCGAACCAAGAACAGGUAGAUUUUCAACAGAAAUAUAGUAAUAGAGAUAUAGUAACGAGUAAUAGCAGAAUUGAUAACGCAUUAUUAGAUGCAACUGAAUUUUCUGUGGUUUCCAAAGCAUCAGUAAUAGCGAUACGACGAUCGAGAUCUCCGACAUCGGAAAAAACGGUCUCUGUUCGAUCUGAACAAUCUGAGAACUAUGACAGAGAAAGCAAAAACGAUGAUGCAAAGAAAUAUAAGACUAAUCGUAAUCUAAAUGAAACUAAUGUUUCAUCGAGUAUGCGAUCUCCUAUCCGGGAACACAGAAAGAGAAGUCCUAGCAAGAAGGAAAGUGAAAAGCGAUAUUCGCAUGAUAAGGACAAGAAGGAAAAGAAAUCUGAAAGGACAUCUGACGAUGUAGAGAAGUCUGAUAGAAGGGAUACUAGAGGUUCCAAAACAGAUUUUGCAGAUAGGAGAAGGUUUAGUCCUUCGGGACGAGGAAGGAGAAAAAAGAGCCGAAGUCCCUAUGUCUCAUGGGAACGUCAAGGAAGUGGAAGUAGAAGUCCUGGUCAUAGUUGGAGCAGAAGCCGUAGUAAAAGUCCAAAGAGGAAGGACGACACUACUAUCAGUACGCGAGACAAAGAUAAAAAAAGAGAAAGAUACGACGAUGAGCGAUCAUGCAAAUCGAGAACAGAUGAAAGAAAAGAAAGAUAUACGCGAUCGCCAUUACGCUUCGGUUACAACGAGGAUAACUUUAAAAAGCAUGGCAUUGUAUCUUCUAAGAGCAAUCGUAACGACUGGGGUAGGAGAAGACAUGACAAUACAGAUAGAGAUCAUGAGAAAGAUACUAGAGUGUAUGACCCACUAGAGAUUUUGAGGGAAAGAACAAUGGAGUCUGAAAAAUAUAGAGAUAAUAGGUUUCACAUAGAAGAAUUAGAUCAUUGGCAAUAUGAAAGCAACAAUAUUUUACGAGAUGGUAACGAAUCCAUGGAUUCAUACACUGUUGGACAGGAUUUGCCUCUUGAAUAUGAUGAUCGAUCGUAUUAUAGAGAGGGAAGUCUGGAAAGAGAUAUGAUACAAUCUUCGCCUCAAUUGCUGCCAAAAUACAGGAAGAGCAGAUCUAAUGUAAAAAGGGAACGGCAAUGGGAGAAGGACAUAGACCCUUCAGAUUUGGAUCGUCAUCCAGAACACAAAAUACGAAAUCGAACACAACAACGAUCAAGGUAUUCGCCUCUAUGUCAAGAACGAUUUCGACGAAAAUCUAGAUCUCCCUCUUGGUCACCAUUAAGAUCCCGAUCUCGAUCUCGAUCUAGAUCGCGAUCAGGAUCACGUUCUAGAUCAACAUCGAGAUCAAGAUUGAGGAUGAGAUCGCAAUCGAGGUCGAGGAGUAGAUCUCCAUUCGAUGUGAGAUCGAGAGUGAAAUCUGUUUCUACGUCAAGAUUAAGAAGCCCGGAACAUUUAUUCAGAAUGUCUGAAUUACGGUCUUCCAGAUCUCCUUCACCUGGAAGCGAUAGGCUAAACGAAAUAGGAAGGGAAAGGAAGGACGAUGACGAAAACAAAAAGUUUAGCGCUUCUGGCGAAAGGGGUAGGCGUAUAGAGACUAUUAUACAGUCGGGGAUUAUGCCAGGAAUGAGCAUUUUAGAUUCAGAAAUGGGUAUUAAUAGCAGUAUGGAUGCAACUGUUACAAACUUCCAAUACUCAAAUGAUAUUGAAGGUGGAAAUGAAUAUUAUUAUUCAGAGAAUAAUUUGACUUAUCCUCCUUGUAUAGAUGAGUCAUCUACAAGUUCUCCGAAACGUUUAUCUCUUGACGAUAGAUUAGAAUUAGAAUUAGGUAUUAAAAAACAACAUAAUAAGGAUUCUACUGGUAUAGCUUCAGAAUAUUCUUCUAAUUUUAAUCCUAAUGUUAUUGCGUAUCCAUCUCCUCCACAACAACAAUCACAACAGCAAAUGAUGUAUAGACAGCAGCCUACAGUUGUACAAGUUGGAAAUGUUCUACAAGUAGUCCCUGCUGAUUUCAAUGGGGUGCAAUCAGCACGUCGUGAAGUAUCUGCUACAAUUACGACUCCGCCCGUGCGAUCUGGAUCCAGUCAAGUGGUUCGCGUAGGUAACGUUCUCCAAGUAGUACCCACGUCAUUAGAUUGGAGCAGCAGCAAUAACGGCGGCGGCGGCGGCGGCGGCAGCGGCAGCGGCAGCGGCCAGUCUUCGACAGGUCAAUCAAAUGUAGUUUUAUAUUCUUCAGCUGUCCCGGCACCUUCCCCCUCGGCGCCUAUGUCAAUACCUGUCCCCGUCCCCGUUCCAUUGCCUGUGCCACCAACCUUACCCGUCACGACAAAUACUCUCGCCCCCGUCGCAACUAUGUCAUCUGUUACGCCACUGCCGCUAUCAUUGCCAGUACCUGUACCUGUGCCGGUUCCGAUUCCCCCCGCGACAGCAGCAGCGUUUCCAAGAAACGAGAUUCAGACACAAAAAAUAGUUCAACCCGUGUAUAAUUACGAAGCUAUACUCGAAACGCGCCGUAAGGAACAAGAAGAGCGUAAACGAAUACGCGAGUUACGCAGGAAAGAAAAAGAACGUAGGAGGAUAGAACGGAUUAAUCGACGAGCUCUGCGAUUAUUAGAAAAGAACAAUACAUCGCGACAAAUGAGUGGAGUCUCAUUAGAUCGUAAGAGUUCAAGUGUAGAUCCAGCAGUCCUGAAAGCAUUGAAAGAAGGAGACGAACAAGUUGAAUCUCCAUCAGCUAAUCCUAUAAAAGAAGAAGAGGAAGCAGCAAUAUCUAUUAAAGAAGAAGACGAAGAUGUCGCUGUGGACGAAGAAGAAGAUGAUGAUGAAGAUGAGAUUGAGGCCGAGGCGGAAGAUGAUGAAGAAGAGGAAGAAGAAGUAGAAGAUGAGGACGAGGAUGAUGGUGAUGAUGAGAAAUCAUUACAAAUGAUUCAUCAGCGAAUUGAUGAAGCGACAACGUCUGCUGUUAAAGAUCAGGCAGAAAUUGAUACCAGAAAGGAAUGGCCGGUGUUGCCACCUCCACCAUUAAAAGGCAUUUUGGUUGUACCAGGAUUUAGUCCCAAUGGCAACUUGGAUGAUUUAUCAGACGCGGACAACAAUAUCAAAGAUGGUAGCGACAAAAAUGGAGAGAUAGAUAAAAAUAGUGAAUACGAUAAAGACGCAGGAUCUGAUGUCAAAUCUUGUAAAUCAAAUCUAGCAAAAUUAAGGAAAAUAAAGAAAAGCAAAAAGUCAGUUCAGUUUGCUGAUGGUGUGAAACCUGGGGAGGGAACUAGUCCCAGCGGCGGCGAAGGCGACAUGCCUUCACCGCCUCCUCCUAAGGGAAUAGAUUUCCGCGAAGGACUCGGAGAUUUGAAAAGAGAUAAAAUUUAUAACUCUCGAAAGAGCAGAAAGCAGGAAAAAAGGGCGAGACCACCAAAGGCAAAGAAAAAGGUUAAGGUAAAGAUAAUCAAGUUGAAAAAACCACGCAUUACGCCAUUGACAGCCAUGAUGAUGGAUGACUCUGACGAAAUUGACGAUCGUUCACCACCCCCGCCACCCCCUGGUUCUCCUCCGCCACCUCAUCUCUGGCCCAGUUAUCUUUCAAUCUACAAUACAACGGUUCGAGCAAUUGAACAACAGACUACGACUGCAACUUUGACAUCUGUCCAAGCUCCACCACCACCACCAACUCCGUUGCCUCUUCUGAUUCCGCCACCUCCGCUUAAUUAUACUAUCCAACCUUGCAGUAAAUCUUAAGCUAACCCCAUUCACGGCAUCGAUUUUGCAAUCUUCUCUGGUACAAGUCUGUUUUUUCUUUUUAUGAAACAGUGAAUUUCUUUCUCUCUCCUUCCUUUCCUGGAAAUUCUGUGCGUGGGAAAUCGUAUUAGACUAUAAAAGUGAGAAUUGUACAUUAGUAGUCUCUUUGAGACUUCAGUGACGACAAAGUUAAAAUGAUAUUGAAGAAUAUAUACCAAUAAUUGAUGUUGUAAAUAUCCUUGCAAUAUAAUCAUUUUCUGAUCAAGAGAUCAUGAUCUUUAUCUAAUAAAUGUUGAUCCAUUGCGUCCGGAACUUUUAAUAACUUCAUAUUAAUAAU